ACUGACUCCAUCUGCUACCUUGGACUUGUGAGAAAAUUGAGAGCUGCAGCAGCAUGGUCGAUUCAUCGGAAAAGGUGUCUUCAGAAGUCGACACGGGCAAGUCGCCUGAUCGCAAAGAGCUGAAGGCGAAAUGGGCCAAUGCGAACAGUGACAAAGAGGAGAAGUCUUUCAAGAAGGAAGAGGUCGCAAAGCACAGCUCGAAGACUGACUGCUGGAUAGCCAUCCAUGGACGAGUCUAUGAUGUUUCGGAGUACCUGAAAGAUCAUCCUGGCGGCAAAGAGGCUAUCCUCGAAGUCGCUGGCACCGACUCUACUGCGGCUUACGAGGACGUUGGCCACUCUGAGGAUGCACGGGAGAUUCUACAGGGACUCGACAUUGGUGCUCUUGAAGGUGCUCCAGACGAAUCGAAGAAGCCGUCCGGCCCUGUCCAUCCUCCUGCUUCAGAGGUCGUCCACCGACAGUCUUCGGCACAAGAUCAGCCUACGUCGUCCAGUAUCAUUACUCCUCGUCUAGAGCUGGCAGCGGCUACAGUCGCCGCCGCCGGCCUUGCGUGGGCUGCAAUUCACUUUGGCACUGUUCCCUCUCUCCACCUCGGCGGAGGAACCGGUAGCUUCACCCAGGGCUUCCUGGCUGCCAGUGUUUCGUUUGCAGUCGUAGGCGGGUUUGGCGCUCGUUUCCUCUCCCAGGCCACGAAAUUCGGUCAGGACUUCAGCUCCUAUCCUGCACACAUCCGCAGUAGUACGAAGCCGGUCGAUUUCAAACCAUCCGGAGUCCUCACACCUCAGGAGUACCGCAAGUACAAGCUCAGAGCCAAGAAGGAAGUUGGCGAAGGGAUCUGGCGUUUCACAUUCGACUUGCCUAAUUCGUGGUCCAUCCUCGGCCUUCCCAUCGGACAGCACAUCGCGAUCAAGGGCAUCGUCGAUGACCACACCGUGGUACGAAGCUACACUCCCAUCUCCUCGAACCGCGAUCUUGGAAGACUGGAGCUGCUUGUUCGUGUUUACCCGGAUGGUCAAUUAGGCAAUUAUUUGAAGAAUUUGAAGGUUGGCGAUGCAGCCGACAUUCGCGGUCCCAAGGGAGCGAUGCGAUAUCGCAAGGGCAUGUCAAAGCAUAUUGGCAUGGUUGGAGGUGGCACGGGGAUCACACCUCUGUUUCAGAUCAUCCGCGCCAUCUGCGAAGACAAGACGGACGACACUAAAGUCACACUCAUUUACGGCAAUCGUUCAGAGGGCGACAUCAUGAUGCGUGAGCAGCUCGAUCGCUACGCAAAGGACGCAGGCGAUCAAUUCAACGUCUACUACACCGUGGAUAAACCGAGUGAGAACUGGAAGGGAGGCAAGGGCCAUGUCACGAAGGAGUUGCUGUCGGAAUGGAUGCCAGAUCCGUCAUCAGAGGGCUCGAAGGUGUUGUUGUGCGGGCCACCUGGGAUGGUCAACGCGACGAAGGAUAACCUGGUCGAGCUUGGAUUCGAAGGUCCAGGCGCAGUCAGCAAGAGAGAUGAUCAGAUCUUCUGCUUCUGAUCUGCUCGUUCUCUGUAUCUGACGAUGUUCGUCCACAGUACUGGUUCAGGAGCAUUGGCGUGGUUCACAAAAUCGUCUGGCGUUGCGAGUAUUUCGAUCCAUAAAACCUGAAAGUCGUCUCCGCAUGCUCC